AUGGGCAAACAACCCAAUCUCUACAGCUACCCCACUGUCGACCAAGUCGCUGCCAACCUGCGCACUUAUAUCCUGCAGACCCAGAAGGCUGCCCUCAAUCGCCAUGAUGCCUUCAAGAUCGCAGUGUCCGGUGGGAGUUUGCCUGCGACCUUAGCUAAGGCCUUGCUUGUCCCCAGUGACAAUGAAGACCCAUUGCACUCCCCUCAAUUUCCGAAGUGGCACAUCUACUUCGCUGACGAGCGCGCGGUACCCCUCGACCACGAAGAUAGCAAUUACGGCCUCCUGAAGAAAGAUUUGCUUGAUAAGAUACCUUCCGACCAGGGCAAACCCAAUGUCUACCCAAUCGAUCUCAACUAUCUCGACAACACACAAGAUCUCGCCGAUCAGUAUCAGGAGAUCCUCAUGUCUGGCUUCGCCAACAAGGACAGCGUGCGCCUGCCCAUCUUUGACCUUAUCCUCCUUGGUUGUGGGCCCGAUGGCCACACAUGCAGUCUCUUCCCCGGCCAUGAACUACUACGAGAGGUAGAUGCCUGGGUCGCAAGCAUUGAUGACAGUCCCAAACCGCCCCCGCGGAGAAUUACUCUUACUCUCCCUGUUGUCACCCAUGCACACAAGAUCGCCUUCGUGGCCACUGGUGGUGGAAAGAAGGAGAUCUUGAAGAAGAUCCUUGAGGCAGAUGAUGAGGGUCGCAGUCUUCCCUGCGGGCUCGUCAAUGAGGGUGCUGGCGAAAAGGUUUCAUGGUUCACCGAUAGUGCAGCUGUUGAAGGAGUCGCUUUCCCUAGGCGGGGCAGUCUGUGA